UUGCUCUAGAUCCGUUGCCAGACAGGAAUUACCGGUCGAUCGCCAUUCUUUGUAGGGUUUACAAUCAGCCGAGCCUUACCGUAAAGUUUUUCCAUCAACAGAAGUACCGUGUUCCGUUGUUUUGCAAAUUUGAUAUAUCAUCAGACGAGCAUCUUGAGGCUUUAAUAAGUUGCGCCCGCGCUCAUGGCGCUUACCAAUUUCAUCCUUACAGUGGCGGCUGUAAGCGCUGCCGUCCUCCUCUUACGCAGCGACGUCAAGCAGUCGGCGGUUAUUUUCCGGCGAAAUAUGCGCCACAUCAGGAACUGGCUAGAGGAGGAAUCUGCCUCGGCCGCCAAGUCUGCUGAAGGAACCGUGCAGAAGCAGGUGGACUCAAAAGUUCCAAAGAAAGAUCUUCCCGAUGAGAAGAAUUAAAUUUUCAUCAUAAAACUGGUUAGUGGCAAGUGGAAGGGAGAGAUAAUGUGAAAUAGUAUGUGAGUUUUACAUUAUAUGGAUCAUAAUUGCUUUAUUUUGUAAGUUUAAUUCAUGAAAAAGUGAGAUUUUUUCUUGACGAG